AUGCCAAACAGCAUUCAGUCCUACUGUGUUAAAGUUUUACCGUGUCCGGAGCCGACGCCUUGUUACCAACCGGCUCUGCCCUGUUGCAACCCACAAUGCCCCCCACCGAUAAUUCCUAAGCAACGACCGAUAUGCCCACGUCCCCCGCCCUGCCCGUACCCCUGUCUCCCUGUAUGCCGCAGCUCUUGUCCAGACUGCGAACUGGACCCAGUGACGAGGAGGCGGCCGUUGAUCACGCACGACAGCGUCUACCAGAACAGACCGUCGGGCUUGCCGGCAGAAUGUUUCACUCGUCGGAACCCCAACGUUCGGUAUUCUGUGACGAACUAUGUUAAACAGGGUCCACAGUCAGGAUGUGCGUACGCAGUUAACGUGCCGCUGAGG